AGUUGUCUGUCAUCAUCGCAAAGUGUGCCAAUAUCUUUUAUUCAUCAUGAAGAGAUCAAGAGCACACUUGGAGACAGUGAACCAAUUAUCGUUCAGAAAGAAGAUUCUGCUUCAGGACAUGUCAAGGUGAUGCCAUCUGAUGAAACAGAUGGUAACUCCAACAUAUGCGGUUCUUGUGGAUCCCCAGGAACUCUUAGGUCUUGUGAUGGGAAAUCUUGCCAAAGUAGAUACCAUAUCUCUUGUCUGGAUCCUUCUCUGGAAUAUUUAUCUCCUGGAAUUUGGUUCUGUACCAACUGUACAAAGAAGAGGUUCCAGUUUGGUUUACAUUCUAUUGUUGAUGGAAUAGAGUCUGUGUGGGAUGUCAAGAAAGCUGAGGGAAUGCAAAAUAGCAAGCAGUAUUUUGUGAAGUAUAAGAAUCUGGCGCAUGUCCAUAAUCGUUGGGUUCUAGAAGAUGAUAUCAAUGUCAUGCCUGGAGGUCCUGAUGCUCUUUCCUUGUUUAACAAGAGGAAUCAUACUGAAAAGGCAAUUUGGAAGGAGGAAUGGACUAAGCCACACCGCAUGUUGAGAAAGAGGCUCCUUAUGCCCCCAAAAUUAGCUGAUGAUUUCUUUUCCUCAUCUGGCCUUAAAUAUUCAUAUUGUAAUGUUGAAUGGUUAGUGAAAUGGAGGGGUCUUGGUUAUGAUCAUGCAACAUGGGAAUUAGAGACUUUACCCUGUUUAUGUACGCCUGAGGCUGACGAACUUAAAAAGAACUACGAGGACCGCCGUGAAGUUGCAAAACGAUCAUCUAUCACUACAAAAGCAAAGGUUAAGCAAAGCUCAUUUAAGAAACUUCAGAGAUUACCAGAUGGGUGCCAUCCUGAUUUUGACAAUGAUCACUUGUGUUCUAUCAAUCUCCUCCGAGAGUUCUGGUACAAAUCUCGUGGCGCUGUUCUUGUUGAUGAUAAGGAAUUUGUAACAAAGACCGUCUUAUUCACACUGUCUGUAUUACCUGACGUCAGCCAACCCAUCCUAAUUGUAACAUCUCCUGCUUCUCUAUCCUUAUGGGAGGUUCAGUUCAAUAUCUUGGCACCAUUUAUCAAUGUUGUUGUGUAUGACGGAGGGAAAGACAAGCUCAAAUUAAUUCAAGAUUUGGAAUUCUAUGAGAGUGGAAGCUCUAUUAUGUUACAGGUUCUCUUAUCCCAUGCUGAUGCUGUCUUGGAGGAUAUCGAACCUAUAGCACGCAUUGAUUGGGAGGCAGUCAUAGUUGAUUAUUCUCAAAACUCAACCCUACAACAUCUCGAACAACUGAAGCAACUUUCCAGUGAUUUUAGAAUGUUACUUGUGAGCUCCCCAAUUAAGGUUAAGGAGUAUCUUUCUGAGUACAGGAAACUCUUAGGUUUCCUUAAUUCUGGAGAGCAAGAAAAUGGCAGUUUCGUUGAUGCUGAGGCCCUUGUGAUGUCGAAAGUGAACUUCAAAAGUCAUAUUGCAUAUGAGCGCCCAGCAGAUUCUUCAAAAAUAUUGGAGCACUGGGUUCCUGCUCACAUUUCACAACUGCAGCUAGAGAUAUAUUGUUCCAUACUGCUUUCAAAUUCAUCUGUCCUCCAGUCGAAGAUGAAAAGUGAUGGCUCUCUUUGCGACAUUAUUAUCUCUCUCUCAAAGUGCUGUGAUCACCCUUACCUUGUUGAUGAAUUCCUGCAAAAUUCGCCUGUCGACCAUCAUGAUCGUACUGGUACUCUAGAUACCAGAGUGCAAGCAUGUGGCAAGCUAUGGCUUCUUCAAAACAUGCUUAUAGAGAUAAGGAACAAGAGGCUGAGAGUCAUUAUUCUUUUUCAAUCUGGUGUAGCAAGUGGAAACUCAAUGGGUGGUAUAUUGGAAGGUGUUGUUUGUGACAUAUUUGGCCGUGAGUCAUAUGAGCGUGUUGAAAGUGGUGCACCAUUGGCAAGGAAACAGGCAGCAGUAAAUAUGUUCAAUGACAAGACUAAGGGGAGAUUUGUUUUUCUGAUUGAAAGUCGUGCAUGCCUCCCAAGUAUUAAGCUCUUAUCUGUGGAUGUUGUUAUCAUAUACAAUAGUGACCGUAACCCGCUAAAUGAUCUGAAGGCUAUUCAAAGAAUCAAAAUAGAGUCACCGAAGUAUCCGGGCAUUUUUCGUUUAUACACUCCUUUCACAAUGGAAGAGAAGCAGCUUGUGCUUGCAAAACAUGGCGUGCUUACUGGUAACUACAAAGAUAUGCCACAUAGUUUGGGCCAUUCAUUGGUCAGUUGGGGUGCAUUAUCUCUUUUCACCAGAUUUGAUGAGCUUCAGCAUGAUAACUAUGCAAGUAAAAGUUUUGAAAGGGAUACAGUAAUUCUGGAGUUCUUAAAAAUGUUAGCCACAAAUGUUAAAGAGAACACCGAAUCCAAUUGUGUGUUCAUAUCGAAAGCUAAUAUGAGCGGGGAGUUUUAUUCAAGAAGCAUUACUUUAAUAGGCGAAAGUGGGGUGCCUGCAUCGGAUGGAGAUCCAUCUAAUUUUUGGUUAAACUUACUGGAUGGGAAAUCGCCUCGUUGGAGCAAUCUAUCUGAGCCACAACAAUCAAGACACAGAAUGUUACAGAACAUAGAAGAACUAGCCAGAGUUCCGGCUGAAGAAGCUAGAAGGAUGCGUACAAAGGUUGACGGAAUCACAGUUCCAUCUUCAAAAUGUUCAUCUGACAACAGUCAUGAUGAUAUGUUACCUAAAAGUUGUUCUACAUUGAGCCCCCCUCUUCAACAACUUGAUGACACAGAACAAAAAGAAGGGAUGAAAAAACUGACCACACCAAAGAAUCUUCAUGUUCAACUUAAGAAAGAGCUGUCGAAACUAAUUAAGGUGUUACAACUGCCGGAUAAUGCAAAACUUAAGGCUGAACAGUUCUUUGAAUAUUAUUUGAACAAUCAUCUAGUUCUUCCCGAGCCAGUGGACAUAUUGCGCACAUUCAACAUAGCCUUGUGUUGGCGUGCUGCUUCUCAUCUAAAUUAUAAGGUAGAUCGCAGAGAGUCGCUUGCCCUUGCUGAGAAAGGCUUCAAUUGUGAGUACAAUGAAGCGCUUGUGGGGUUGAUCUAUAAGAAAUUAAGGACCCUAAAGAAAAAAGUUCCAGAUAGAGCAGGUGAAGCAAGUAUCAAGGGUCAACCAGUGUCAGUAGAGGACACCCAGCUUUCAUGGCAAGAAAAUUCUUACUUGGAAAAUGACCACAUGUUCCAAAACAAGAAAAUUGAUCUUCAUGGUAAUUUCAUAGAUGGUGCACCUCAGGAGGUCUCAUCUGUUGCUGAGCAGAUGAUCUCAGAGGGGCAAGAAUCUGUUAAGGAAACUCACAAAGAAUGUCACAUGCUAAAUGAUGAGCCUCCUAAUAUGAUAAUGGAGAAAAGUAUAGAUUUAGUUGAAAAUGUUUUCUCCAUAAGAAAAAAUAACAUCCUUUGCAAACAACAGCUUGAGAUAUCAGGUUUAGUGACACACAGGCAGAACAAUGUCAUCAGAUUGAAAGAAGUUUACAGUUUAGUUCUGGAACAUAUUCGUAGAAGUCACAUUGAUGAAAUGACCAGGAGUGAAAAAAUAAAGCUGACUGCUCAGUGGUUCAGUAUGCUUAUUUAUGCAUUUUUGGAGCACAUGAAGCUCCAGCAUGGCAAGCUUGAGGGACUGCAGUCUGAUACAUGGUCUUCAGAGUGUCAGCUGAAGGAAAAGCUCCACCAGGUAGCAAGAUCAGGCCAAUUAGAUCGAGACUUUGAUCGGCAUAUUGCUCUACCUGACUCAAACUUUGUUAUGGAAGAAUUCAUCCAUUUUGAAGAACAGAAUGAUGUGUAUCGUAUUGCUGAAAGUUCUGUGUCAGAUUGUCAACAGUCAUCAAAUGACACAGUGUCGAUGGAAAUUACAUUAGUACGAAGUGAAGCUCUCUCAGAGCCCAUAUCUAUACACGCAAUGGAAAAUGAGCCAGUUGAGACUUCUGCGGGCUCUGCCGGAGGACCAGCAUUAGAAGCUGUUGAUUUUCAAGAAAACAACAUCCACUGUAGUUCUGAUGGCAUUAGUGUACAAAUAGCUAGGUGUUCAUCGAGUACUAUUCCUGCAAAUGAUGAUUCCACCGGCCAGGAAUCCUUAACCAGUGAGUGUAGAAAUGCUGAACAUAUUGAGAUAUGCAAUAUUACUAAGUCAGAUGAUGAACCUGCAGAGGCAGAGCGAGCAGGUACCUUGGGUGCCAUAGCAGCUCAGGAUUUGCAGCCUGAAAUGCACUCAUUAACCACCCAUGUAGAACCUUCACUGGAUCCACAUGGAAGGGUAGAAUCAGCAGGCAUGGUGACAGCUCAUGAUCUCCAGGCCGAAAUACUACCAUCAGCCUCAGUGCCUACGGAACAAAGUACAAGCCCUGCCCAACAAAGUUUAGCAACUUCAGGACAUUCACCAGCAGAAGCCGAACAGGCAGAUAUUCUGGGCACAGAAACCACUUGCAGUUUGCAGCCUUCGCAAGGUGAAGUGCAACUGUCAACCACAAUGCAAGAUCAACCUGCAGAAGUACAAGCAUGCACCUUGGGCGCCAUAGCUGCUCGGAGUUUGCAGCCUGAAACACAACCAUCAACCUCAACGCAGAGUGCUCCUUUCGAAAGAACCUAUCUGGUUGGCAUGCCUGUGCUACGAAGUCACAGUGCCAGGGCAGAAUCAACACGUACUUUGGGCUCACUGAUAGCUCACAAUCUGCAUUCUGAAUUACAUCCAUUGGCCUCAAUGCAGGAUCGACCUGCAGAAGCAGAAGGAGCAGUUAUGUUGGGCUCCACGGCAGCCCAGGAUUUGCAGCCUGAACGGCAAUCAUCAACCACAGUUCAGCAUGUUCCACUUGAAAGAGUACACUCUGAAGAAAGGAUACAAAUUGGUUUUCAGCCAAAUAUGGUACCUGGUACUGAGCAGCCCACCCAACACCCUCCAGUCACAGCGUUAGUGUUUAAUAAUCCAAUACUUAGUGACGAGCCGCUGAAAAAUGAGUUGGAAAGGUUAAUGCAUUGCAGCAGGGUGCUUCAUGAACAUAAGAAAUCACAACUUCUAAUAGAGUAUAACCAAGAAAGAGAGAAGAUAACAAAAAAGUAUGACUUGUUAUCUCGAAAGGAAGAUUCCGCUUAUCUUCAGAACCAGCGCGAGCUUAGUCAUCUCUACAGGAAUGUUUUUGUAAACAAAUCACUAGCUGAGAAUUUUCGAAGGGUCUUCACACCAUCAUCUGCAGCUCAAGGGAGAUUGACGACCCCUGUAGCGGAGCAGCCAUUUGAGUUUUCUUCAGCGGCUCAGACCACAACAUCACCAGCUAUCUCGUCAUCAGCCAUCAGACCACCAGGAUCUUAUGUGCGACCUUCGUUUGUGGCUCUGCCGCCAUCAUCAUCAUCAUGGAAUGCCCAACUACCUGGCAAUCUCUAUGGAACAGCAUCAUCACCUUUUGUUCCAGCGCCUGUGCCAUACGGCAGCUACAGACCAGCUGGAGCACAGUCACGUGCUGUCCAACCACUAUCAGCCUUAGCUAGCAAUCUCUAUAGAACGAUGCCACCUGCUCCUCCGCCGCAUCUGCCACAUGGAAGCUACAGAUCCGCUGCAGCACAACUGCGUGCGCCAUCUCCUCAUCUCCAGCAGCUCAGGAUGCCCUCUCAGUAUGCCAUGCGCACAGACCAGCAGCAGCAUCGUGCAGCUAGUGGAGCGGUUCCAUUGUUGGGACAGUAUGGCAGGGGAAGCUACGCAUCGACAGUUCCACAGGGAGGCGCCAUACGAAACUCCAUGGACCCAAGUUCAGCUCACCAAGCAUCAAGCUCACGCCCACCUCACCGAGCGUCCUUGCUGCCACCCCGCCGACACCCAGAGUCCAUGCUCAGCUUGCAGCCAUCUACUUCAAACCCCAUCUUCAUGCCAGCCCACCAACUGUCGUCAUAUCCAAGCAUGGCCUUGGGCGGCACUGCAGGUCCGCAGAAUGCAGCACCAGGAAGCCAGCAGCACGGAGUCGCCCAGAUAGCCGGCGUCAAUCACAAUCAGCCCGGCUCCAAACCGUCGUCAUAUCCGAGCAUGGCCUUGGGCGGCACUGCAGGUCCGCAGAACGCAGCGCCAGGAAGCCAGCAGCACGGAGGCGCCCAGAUAGCCAGCGUCAAUCACAAUCAGCCAGGCUCCAAACCGUCGUCAUAUCCGAGCAUGGCCUUGGGCGGCACUGCAGGUCCGCAGAACGCAGCGCCAGGAAGCCAGCAGCACGGAGGCGCCCAGAUAGCCGGCGUCAAUCACAAUCAGCCCGGCUCCAAACCGUCGUCAUAUCCGAGCAUGGCCUUGGGCGGCACUGCAGGUCUGCAGAACGCAGCACCAGGAAGCCAGCAGCAUGGAGGCGCCCAGAUAGCCUGCGUCAAUCACAAUCAGCCUGGCUCCGAACCGGCAUCGAUGGGUGAGUAUCUGAAAAUUAGGCUUCGCCUGGUUAGCAGCCCUGCAGGUGCAGGGGUGGCCAGCCCAGAUGAAGCUGUGUGCCUCUCCGACGAUGAACCGUAG